UCGUGCCUUGUUUUCUUAAACUGCUCGGUCAGCAAGGAGUCUUUAUCUGGUAGGGAUUUUUAAGCCUUUUCAUCUCGUACCACGUAGUUAGAAGAAGGCGGCUGACCGGGCCAGCCAAAGGACCCUGGAGGACGGUAGGCGUGGCCUACUAGGGGCGGCAGGAGGGGACGCCCCCUUCCCAGCAAGCACGGCGGCUGCAGGAGCGCGGCUCCGGCCGGCUUUCUCCGGUUCUGUACUGCCCCGCCAUGGAGGAGCUUCAGAACGGCGCGGCGCUGCCCAGGCGCGGGCGGGGGAGGCGGCGGCGCCAGCCGCAGCCCCGCGACGGGUCGGUCUUGGCCCUGCCCUCGAGGCCCCGGAGGAUCCGCAGGCAUCGGAAAACUGCGGCGGCCCGCGUGGCCGCGCUGAGGGCUCGUGCGCUGCUACGGAAGGCCUCGGCCUCCAAGGUGGAGCCGGCCGCGGGCUCGCUGGAGGCGCCUGCCGAGCGGCGGGAGCCCUCGCGCUCGGCGGAGCAGCGGCCGGCUUCGGUGUCCGUGCGGCGCCGCGUGGAGGGACGGCCCGCCGUCUCUCGCCUCCUGGGGACCCCGGCCCCCGUUCCGGGCCCGCGCGUGGAUGACGCGGAGCGGCCGUGGGACUCGCCGCUGCAGCAGGUGUUGGCCGAGCUGAACGGCAUCCCCAGCAGCCGGAGGCGCGCCGCCCGCCUCUUCGAGUGGCUCCUGGCGCCCCUGCCCCCGGAUCACUUCUACCGGCGCCUGUGGGAGCGGGAGGCGGUGCUGGUGCGGCGGCAGGACCCCAGUUACUACGGAGGCCUCUUCUCCACCGCCGACCUGGACUCGAUGCUGCGCCACGAGGACGUGCAGUUCGGGCAGCAUCUGGACGCCGCGCGCUACAUCGACGGGCGGCGGGAGACCCUGAACCCACCGGGCCGCGCCCUGCCCGCCGCCGCCUGGUCUCUGUACCAGGCCGGCUGCUCCUUGCGCCUUCUCUGCCCGCAGGCUUUCUCGCCCACCGUGUGGCAGUUUUUGGCCGUGCUCCAGGAACAGUUCGGGAGCAUGGCCGGCUCUAACGUUUACCUCACGCCCCCCAACUCCCAGGGCUUUGCCCCACACUACGACGACAUUGAGGCUUUCGUGUUGCAGCUGGAAGGUCGGAAACUCUGGCGUGUCUACCGACCGCGGGACCCAAGUGAGGAGCUGGCUCUGACAUCUAGUCCCAACUUCAGCCAGGAGGACCUUGGUGAGCCGGUGCUACAAACGGUGCUGGAACCUGGCGACCUGCUUUAUUUUCCUCGGGGCUUCAUUCAUCAAGCCGAAUGUCAGGAUGGAGUCCACUCUCUACACCUCACCGUGUCCACCUUCCAGCGCAAUACAUGGGGUGACUUCCUGGAGGCUGUACUGCCCCUGGCCGUGCAAGCAGCAAUAGAAGAAAAUGUGGAGUUCCGCAGGGGUCUGCCUCGAGACUUCAUGGAUUACAUGGGGGCCCAGCAUUCAGACUCUAAGGAUCCGAGAAGAACAGCUUUCAUGGAAAAGGUGCGGGUCUUGGUCGCGCGCCUGGGACAUUUCGCUCCCGUCGAUGCUGUGGCCGACCAGAGAGCCAAAGACUUCAUCCACGAUUCUCUGCCCCCCGUGUUGACUGAUCGGGAACGGGCACUGAGUGUUCACGGGCUCCCAGUUCGCUGGGAGGCUGGAGAGCCUGUCAAUGUGGGGGCCCAGUUGAGCACAGAAACAGAAGUCCAUAUGCUCCAGGAUGGCAUAGCUCGGCUGGUGGGUGAGGGAGGCCGUUUGUUCCUCUACUACACGGUGGAAAACUCCCGCGUUUAUCAUCUGGAGGAACCCAAGUGCUUGGAAAUGGACCCACAGCAAGCUGACGCCAUGGAGCUCUUGCUUCGCUCCUACCCAGAGUUUGUGAGAGUAGGGGAUCUGCCCUGUGACAGCGUGGAAGGCCAGCUUUCCUUGGCAACCAUGCUGUAUGAUAAGGGGCUGCUGCUCACCAAGACCCCUCUUGUCUGAGUUUGUGUCUAGAGGACGGCUGGAAAGAACCACCGCCGGCACCUUUUUCUCCCUUAAAGAAGUCAUGGUCUUACCUUGCUGAGCAUCAGUAUGGUUACGUUUACCUUUAUGGCUGCUUCAGUGUCGCAAAGCUCGGACCCUUUUCUAGGAGGAACCUCUUCAUCUAGGUACAAAAGUAAACAGAAAUUGGAGCAGGGGGGAAAAGCUGUGUCUGCACAAGUAACUACCCCUGUCAUUUCACAGUACCAACUGCAUUCCCUGCGGCCUUCAAUGUGUUGUGUGGCAUUGGCUGUGCCAAUCUGCUUGAGACCUUAAGGGAUUUUUAUAUGGAAGUUGCUUCUCUGCGUUCUCUUUCAUCAAUUUGUGGGACGGGAUGGGGACUAUGUUAAGUUUGUAUGAAUGUUAGAAGAUUUAUUAAAAAGCGCCAAAGAUUGUUUCUCUUUUCUAAGCCUAGAUUUUUUUUUUUUUUGGUGUGUGUGGGGGGGAUGGUUUGAAAAGUGUGAGACAAGGAAGAGAUAAGGGAGAUAUGGCAGAGAUGAAAGGCGAUGUGAUAUAUGAUGUCAAAGGAGUAUAUUAACUUUUUUAAAGAAGAGGGCUAGGUAGAGCAAGUGUAUGCUUGGCAUAUGUGGUGCCUUGGGUUCAUCCUCAGCAUCACACUCAUUAAAGAAGAGAAGCAGAGUGGUUGGGACCAUUUAUUAGCUUUGGAGGUAGUUUACUCACUUUAGUUAUGCUACUUGAACUCCAGCUGGGCAGUCCUAAAGGAAAAGCUUCCACUGGCAGUCAGCUUUGCAGUAUAUAUUAUAUUUGCUCAGUGCUUGGCUUAAGUCAGUGACUGACUGGCACUGCUCCCUAGAGGACAGUGUCAUGUCACCUGGUUAUGCGUUCAUAGGCUUUAGUCAUCCAACUUUUAGCACGCUGGCCACAGGGAAGAUUGGUGUUCAAGUUACUUUCCACUCUCAUUUGUUUUCCCCUGGCAGUUGGACGAAACUUCCCCAAAUCUGGCAAGUGCAUAUUCUCAAUCAAUAUUCAUGAUUGGUGGAAGAGAGCCUGGUGCACCAGAAAGAGCACUUGGAAGCAGAAGAUCCGGGUUUGGGGUGGUAGCUGGUAGGCACCUGGCUGAAUGACCUGAGGUUACUGCUUACAGAUUUUGAUAGUGAGUGUACCGAGCACAGCAGAGAUGUUGACACUCUCUUCAGGUCCAACAGAUAAGAUGACAACAUGCUGCCUUGACUUACCAUCUUGUCACAGAUCUGCAGGGCACCUGCCGCCACACAAGCUGCCUGCCGAAUUGCUAUGAAUUCAUCAGAGAAGCAGCUCAGGAAGCUUGGGAGAAGCUUGGCUGU